CUUUUUGGGUCCCUUUACUAAAACCAAAGCUUACCGUUGCCAACGUCCACUCACUACUACAUGAAAACUCCGUGAAUCUUGAUCUCACCACCAAAACAUUCAAUGCUUCUUCUUCAGCUCUGCUUUGAUCAGUACAAAAUCAAUUCUUUUUGACUCCUCUUCUUCUUUUGGUUCCUAAUUCAAUUCUUCUUUGUUUACUAUUCUUGAAUUUCUUGGUUCUUUGUUGGGUUUCUUUCUUUGAUUUCAAGUUUUAAUCUUUUUCUUCUUUCUUUUCUCAAAUCUCAAUCUCUGCUUGAGUUUGACAAUUGGGUUUUUGAAAAAGGGCUGCCAUGGCAACAUUGGCACCAGGAAUACUGAUGAAGCUUUUGGAUGGCAUGAACACGGGGAUGAAACCCACGAGUGAGCACAGAAACUCGCUUUUACAGGUCACAGAUAUCGUUCCGGCUGAUCUUGAUGAGAAGAAUCUUUGGCCAAGCCAUGGAUUUUACAUUAAAGUCUCUGAUUCUUCUCACUCAAUCUAUGUCAGCCUUCCUUCAGAACAAGAUGAUUUUGUUCUCAGCAAUAAAAUGCAGCUUGGGCAGUUCAUCUAUGUCGAUAGAUUGGAGCCGGGAUCUCCUGUUCCCGUCAUAAAAGGAGCUAAACCAAUCCCAGGCCGACACCCAUUUGUGGGGACACCAGAACCGUUAAUGGGUCUUAGAGAGAAAGGUGAACCAAGGUCCAGUUCAAAGCUCUCGGCUCAAACUCACAGAAGGGGUUCUUGGGGGACAGGAGGGACAGAGGGUGUCUCUGUUUCGUCUCCCAUGGUUUUCAAGCCGGUUAAUUUGGAUUUCGAUCAGUGUAGUACACCGGUGAAAGAGCGUGGUAGUAAUAAUUUUCCAAUGUCUCCGAUGAUAAGAAGAGGGAGGGUUGGCAAGGAUGGAAAUUGUAGCGCCGGUGGGGGUAUUAGAUGUUCAUUUGGUGGUGGGCUCUUGGCAAAGAUGGUGGAUAAUAAUAAGGGAGAAAGCCCUGCUGCUAUGCUUAGGAAAAGCUGUGUAGCCCCUUCUUCUGCUUCGAAAUUCCCGAGGAGUAGGAGCGUUUGUGAAAGAGAGCCUAAGAUCCCAAUAAGUCCCUUCAACUUAGCUGAAAAGAAAAGUGCCACUCCUCCGCCGAGUGCACGGAGUGCAAAAGUGGCAACUUCCCUCAAUAUGGGUGGAGACGCCCAGAACUACAACUCAAACUCAAAGGUGACACCUCAGUUACAAUCUCAGCCUGAUAAUCCAGCUUCUGAUAUCAGCACCAGCACCAGUCUCCCCAUGAAUUUACCUGGAAAACUUAGCAUAUUGGGCAAGGAAGCAGUGCAGCAGCGAGAAACAGCUCAGAAAAUUGCCCUUCAAGCACUAAGAGAUGCUUCGGCUACUGAAACACUAGUUCGGUCUCUCAAGAUGUUUUCCAACUUAAGCAAAUCAGCUAAACCUGAUGCUCCUGCGGCUUGUUUUGAUCGGUUUCUGGAAUUUCAUCACCAAAUUGUGCAAGCAGUGACUGAUAUGGUGUCCAUUCAAUCAGCUACUUCGGCUUCCGAAAUGGCUCAAAAUCCAAAUGCCAAAAAAUCUGAAGAAGAGUCCCCUGGAUUUCACGAAAACAUACACAACUCAAUGGACCAAAGCCGAAAUUCAGAACUAAAUUUAUCCAAAAGGCGAACAGCAUUAUACAAAUCCAUUGCAGUCUUUCCUGAAAGAGGUGAGCAGAAGACGAGUAUGGGAAAAGUUCUGAGAUCAAAUUUCAACCACAAGUCAUCUUUGGAUAGAAAACCGUCUUCCCCACUUGGAAAACUGCCACUUGAAGCUGCUGCUAUAGGUGAAAACGAUGAAAACAAGAAACCGGCCUCUUCCUACAGCAGCCUAAGCAAUACAAUCAAAUUGGGGAAACAGGUUGAAACAGAAGCUGGAAACUGGUUUAUGGACUUCUUGGAGAAGGCAUUGGAAAAGGGCAUGAAGAAAACAAAAGGAGCAGCAGAUGGGGAUAUUAAGAAAGUUCCUCAGUCUCUCAUACUGAAGGUUAUUAACUGGGUUGAGGUAGAGCAAUCUGAUGGUAGUAAGCGUCCGGUUCAUCCCAAAGCAGCACAGGUGGCCCGGAAGUUGAGGAUCAAGAUGAAGAAUCCUUGAAUACAGAACAUAAGCAGAGUCUAUCAAAUUUUUUCUUUUUAUUGGCAUUGUCUAUGUUCCAACUAUAUGGAGAUUCUGUUUGCAGUUGUUGAAUCUCUUGUGCAUGCAUGUACACGUAUCGAUCGAAGCAUUUAUUCAUAUAUUCAUUCAUUUUCCUUUAACUAAUAUAUCUUGUGUUGCUCAUUGACCAAAUUGUUAAGAUAAUCUUAAAUAGUUGCUGCUGGUUGUCAAAAAAAUUUUGAGCAUUUGCAGCACAACAAAGACACUGUAUACUAGCAACGCAUAGACAAAAGAGUAAAUCCACUGGUGUCAGAUAUUUAUUUAUAGUAGAUUGCAAAGUUUCUGGAAUUUAAGGGUGAAAUACUGAGAUGAGGGUAAAUUCUGGUUUUGGGAUUGGAAGACAUGCCGACUUUUCAGAACUCUCAAGUAUGCAACUUGUGGGACCAAAGCGCAAGGUAGCAACUUGUGGCUGGGAUAGAUUGAUUUACUGGUAAGUUAGUUCUCACUCUGAUAUUAUUGUGGACUCAUACAUGCAUAUUUUUUGGUACGACUCAGUUAUUUUAUAUUCUACAUGCUGACUUAUGCAAUGUAUAUUUCUAGACUUGAUUGAUAGUCAUCUUUCUAAACUUACGCAAUGUAUAUUUCCACUCUUUAAUUCAUUGUAAAUAUCUGAUACAGAUUAGUGUAGUAUUAUUGUAGUAAAGAAAAGUUCUGGGAGUUUUGUAUGAUGACUCAAAUAACAGAACAUCCUUGGAGUAGAUGUCCAUGUAGAUACUGGGUUUGUCUUUGUAGCAUCCCACAUUUAUCAUUAAUUUGUGUUCAUGGAUUGA